CGCACCAAACACACACACACACACACGCCUCAACCAUCUCCACUAUAAAACCUCUUCUUCCACCUCACUCUCUCUCAGAUCGCUUUCUCUUUCUAAAAUUCUCUCACUCCACAGAGAAGACUCUCAGAACCAACAGCGAGCACCGAGAAAAAAAAAUGCAUAACAAGGACGCUUGCUCUCCCUCCUCCAAUGGCGGAUUCGGCGGCGGCGCCUCCGCCGGUCAAAUUCCGUCAACCGGCGGCCUCUACAGUUCUCUGUACUCGGCACUGUCGAACGAGAACCUUCCAUCGCUCUCCGCGAGCUGCAGCAACGGAAGCGGCGGCGGCGUUUCGAUGUAUCCUUACUCGGAGUCAAUUCAGAAGCACCAGGACAUGGUGAACCGUCAAAGCAUGUGUCUGAAUCGCCUCGUUGAAACUUCGAAGGAGGUGGAGGCUCUGAGGGAGGAGAAUGGCCUGCUCCGAGCUGCGAACAAGGAGCUCCAGAAGCAGCUGCACCUCGUUAUCCAGGCUUCGCUGGAGAAUCACUACGGCGGCGGCGACGGAGGCUCCUCCGGCCAGACGCAACCGACUCUGUUCAAUGUUUUGCAUGGCUUCCGCGGCCUCCACAUUGGGGAAGGGAAUAAAGAGAAUUAUGCCGAUUGGAAUAACAAUAAUCUCAAUAUCAUGAAUAAUAAUAGCAGCAACAAUAAGGAGCUGCAGGAGAUUUCGGAGGAGAGUCCAACAAGCGUGAUUGAGAAUAACAACGUGGUGGAAGUGGAGAGGUUCUCGCUCCCUAAGAGCAUUUCUGUGAGGUCCAAUGGCUACUUGAAGACGGCUCAGUCCGCUGCCCUCGCCCCCAAUAACAACAAUGCCACUCGCAACAAAGGCGCCACUCGCCCACGCGCCUCCGCCACUCCACCUGAACCCGUUCAAAAGGUAUAUGUGCGUGGAGGGCAGAAAGAGGAAGAGCCUCUUGAAAUGAUAGUGUAUAACCAAGGGAUGUUCAAGACUGAGCUGUGUAAUAAGUGGCAGGAAACUGGAACAUGUCCAUAUGGAGACCACUGCCAAUUUGCUCAUGGUAUUGGGGAGCUUCGCCCAGUGAUCCGCCACCCACGCUACAAAACUGAAGUCUGCAGAAUGGUCCUUGCUGGGGUUGUGUGCCCAUAUGGCCAUAGAUGCCAUUUCCGCCAUGCACUUACUGAACAAGAGAAAGCUGUCGUAUCACAGCCUAAGCCCAGAUCAAUGAAGCUCGAAAGAUAAGAUCCCAUAUAUAGUCUGCUGGAUCGAGUAAACGUAAUUGGUACAUAAUAUUCUUCAUUGUGUAAUUACAAACAUGGACAACCACCGGCCAAAAAAUAAUUACUUUUCUCAUGAAAAGUAUGGGUCAAAAAAUACAAAAUACAAAUAUAGGAGGCUUGCUUGCCGCAAUAUGAGAUGUAGAUCGAGCAGGAUUCUUGGGUCAGUAGUCCUCGUCGUGUCUUUCUUUUUUCUUCCCGUCAAGUUUGACAUUUUUACAUACAUAAUACGUCUGAUGAUCCCAAUCCAAGCAACCAAAGAGAAAGUAUUCUUUGUAAUGAUACUAAUUCUUUUGGUACUUUUGCAAUGAUACCAUUUGAUACUUUGCAAAGGAAGCAAUUUCUCGUUGCGGUUGUAAUACUUUCAUAGCGUAGUCUAUUUCUUAGCUGCUUGAACUUUUUCUUUUAAUACGAAAAUAUAUUUCACUUCCA